AAAAAGUUGACAAGUUUAGAGAUAAAAAGGAGAGGACACCAUCCUUUUUCUCUCCUCUUUCUCUCCCAACUAACCUCAUUAUUUUACCAGCAACAGCAGACCCCCCAUCACAGAUAAACUUCAAACCUCAUCCUCUAUCCAUCAGGUUGUCUCAUAGAGAAAGGAGGAUGGGGGAUGCAAUGGUUGAUCGAUACUGGUGUCAUAUGUGCUCAAGGAUGGUGACUCCAGUUAUGGAAGCUGAGAUUAAAUGUCCUGUCUGUGAAAGUGGGUUCGUUGAAGAAAUGGACAGCACAAGAGACCUCAAUAACAAUGGCAUUGAGCUUGGAUCAGAACGUGCACUCUCUCUAUGGGCUCCAAUCCUGCUUGGAAUGAUGGGUGGUUUAGGUCCUUCUCGUGCACGAGCUCAAGAACAGAACACCAGCAAUGGACAGGAAGAAAAUGGUGAACUCGAGCGAGAGUUUCGAUCUUUGUUUCGGAGGACGAGGAGGAGGAGAAGCCCAGCUUCAAUCCUUGGUAUGCUUCAGGAUCUUCGUUCAGGUUCAGAGAAUUCUGAAAAUAAUGGGGAGAGUAAUACUAGCAAUAACAACAACAGUAACAGUUUGAUUUUGGUUAAUCCUUUUAAUGAAGAGGCCUUAGUUUUUCAAGCUCCUUUUGAUGCAAAUCAACCUGAGAACCCGAUUCGAAACAUGGCAAGUUCCUUGGGGGACUACCUUAUAGGACCUGGUUUGGAUUUAUUGCUUCAGCAUUUGUCAGAAAAUGAUCCUAAUCGUUAUGGGACUCCUCCUGCACAAAAAGAAGCAGUUCAAGCAAUGCCAACUGUUGCUGUUGAUCAGAGUUUGCAGUGUUCGAUAUGCCUCGAGGAGUUUGAUGUUGGAGAUGAAGCAAAAGAGAUGCCAUGUAAACAUAAAUUCCAUAGUGGGUGUAUUCUUCCCUGGCUGGAGAUUCAUAGUUCUUGCCCAGUUUGCAGGUUCCAAAUGCCUUGUGAUGAUUCAAAGAUUCAAGCUAAUGGCUCCAGGAGCAACGAAGGGCGAAUCGAGAACAAUGAUGCUAUGGCAGAAGUGGGAGAAGGAGGAGACAGAAUAGGCAAUGGGAGAAGAUAUUGGAUUCCUGUUCAAUGGCCAUUUGAAGGAUUGUUUUCUGUGUCAGCAUCCCAAAAUGAUGGGAGUUCUACUUCUGCAACUCCCGCAGCAGCCAUGCCGGGAAAUCCAUCUAAUGCAGAUGAAACUUGAAGAUACUACUUGUUAUGUACGAUAAACAUGGUUGCUGCUUUUUUCAUAUGAUCCCGAGUUUUUUUCUUUUAAUUUUUAUUUACUUCUUCAUGUUAAGGGAUUCGCCUACUAUGUAUAAACGUAAUCCUCUUGAGGAAUUUGGUGUUGUUCAAAUAAUUAAUGCAAUUUUACUGGCUUUAUUGUUUA